AGGCUGUGAUUAUUGAAGUGGGUUUUGUCACGAAAUGCAGACAGAAUAAAAGGAAUAAUCGAUAACUACUAACAUAAAUAGAGACAACUCUCAAAGCCCGGUGAACCACGUUGGUGUAGAAGAAAAAAUGUCCUGUUAUCACUGCAGAAACAAACCUUGUUUUUACUCAUACCGCGCAUCCACCCAUGUGACUGCUUGUGGUCAUUCACAGUGAGGUACUGUGGACGCGCACAGACUCGUGGCCGCGCACGUUCGGUUCGAAUAAUUUAACCGGGAACGCGUACGUGCGCGCACUCGUAUUCUUUGUGUGGCAGUAGAGAACCGCCAAAAGAGUGACCAUGGCUGAUGAAAAACCAAAGGAGGGAGUGAAGACGGAAAACAACGAACACAUAAACCUGAAGGUAGCGGGUCAGGAUGGAUCCGUCGUGCAGUUCAAGAUCAAAAGACACACGCCGCUCAUCAAACUCAUGAAAGCCUACUGCGAGAGACAGGGACUUUCAAUGAGGCAAAUCAGGUUCAGAUUUGAUGGACAGCCAAUAAAUGAGACAGACACACCAUCACAGUUGGAAAUGGAAGAUGAAGAUACAAUUGACGUGUUCCAGCAACAGACAGGAGGCCUGAUUUAAUCAUCCACAAUGCAUCACAGUUUCCUCCUUCACACAGCAAACCUCCCCAGUCAGUCACUCUGCAGCUGCUUCUCUGCAACUUGUCCUGAUGUCUCAACAGAUUUUUAAGGCAGAAGAAGUUUCCAUUUCUCUGCUCCACAUAAAUGCUGUAUCAUACUAUCAUUCUUGCCCUCUUUCUUCUUGUUAUUUUUUUUUGGUCUUGUACAUAAAUGGCACCCAAAAAUCACCAUGCAUUCAGGUUUUGUGUUUCCCGGCUGACUUGUGUUAAAUAUUGACUUUACUUCCCAAUUUGAAGGUUUUUUUUCUAAGGUUGCAGAAAAAAAAGGAACAAUGGUGGAGGGAGAAUUUAUAAAACUGACAUCAUUGAGCAAAUAAUGUUGGGCUAGGCUUGUUCAGUGUCCAACAAAUCUCUUCUUCAAGUGUACUGUUUUGGGACUGGCUAUCGUUUUGUGAGCGCUAUACCCAGUUAGGGAAUGGGGCUGGAUGGUCAUUUGUUUUCUUAUCAUUGAAAAGUUAUUUGAUUUUAUACAUUUUUAUAUAGUAAUGGAUGUGUAGGGAAAUGUUUUGAGUAAUGGUUUGACUAGGCCAAGCUUCAGAUUUUGUGAAGCCUGACGAGAUUCUCCAGUCAAAUAAACAUCUGUAUUAUCUAUUGAGAUGCCUGUUAAAAUAAAGCUAUUGUCUUUUUCCAAACUUCCACUAA